AUGGGGCCCUCUCAGCUUGUCCGUGCCCCUAGGCCCCGGGGCUUGAGUUUCCCUUAUCGCAGGCCAGGUAUGGGCUGGCCCCGGCCCCGGUUUCCCAGGAUGUUCAAGUGUAGCCGUAGAAGGUACCGGCAGAAAUUUCAAGGCCCAGCUGCCACCAAUCUUACCACCAUGACCACAGAUAUCAGUGCCACUCACACUACCACCACCAGCGUGUGGAUCUUCCCACCUCAAGUUCUCAGAUACUUCUGUCAACCGGGGGGCUUUCUGAUCCUCUAG